AUGGUUUUGUUUCAGCCAGUGCCAGUGUCGAAGUCGAUUGCGCCGGGUCGAACUGAUAUUAUUGGCAAAGCACACGGGCCCUAUCGAAACAGAGAA